AUGACACCUCCGGCACCGAGAAUAGUGGGCAUAUGCGGCGCCGCCAUCGCCGGCCCGACAUUGGCACUACACCUCCUGACCCAUCCGGUUCUCCGCACUCUCUUCCGUCCGAUCCUCUUCGACCAGACGCCAGCCCCGGUCCCAGUCCAGGUCACUAGCGAUGGAAGCUCCUCUCCAUCCUCACCCUCAACCAACCAUCACCAGCGCGCUGGCGCCUCGGUUGCCCUCCUCCCAAACGGCCUACACCCCCUCCUGAGUCUCGGCCUCGGUGACGCUAUCCGUAAGCACGGCUAUGAAUGUGACGACCUGACCCUCUGGUCCGGUCCCUCGUCUCUGGACUGCGACGUGGACGCCCCCCUCACGCAUCUCAAGACAAUGGUCAAUGGAUUCUGGUCUCACGACAUGCAAAUGGGCGCCAUGUACUUUGAGCGUGCGGGGCUGCAAUCCCUCCUUGUCAACCGUGUACGUGAGCUCGGAGGCGAGUUGAGGUGGUCCAAAAAAGCCGUCCGUUUCGAGCAUAUUGCUCCUACCAGCAAAAGCAUGGAAGAAGAAGAUGGCCAUAGCAACAGUCAAACCCGUGUGAGCUUCGCCGAUGGCACACACCUUGAUGUCGACCUUCUCGUUGGUGCAGACGGCGGGUACUCCCCAGUUCGCCGCCAUAUCCUCAACCUCCGUGACCCGGAGACAGCGGAACAGCGCUGGCUUCCGGAUCAUAUGGGCAUGACGGGCAUCUACGGUAUAUCCUCUGCCGACAAGAUGCCCGCCUCACACGUCCCUGAGCGCCAGUUCUCCGAAUCCCAUUCUGUGUGGUUGCCGCAGGGGUUCCUAGCCACGGGACCAUGUCCCGGGAGGAUGUUGCGCUGGGACUUGAUUCUCCCGGAACAAACGCCGCCAGAAUCUCGGACAGACCCGGCAGAAGACUCCAGAGCUGUUGCGAACGAUACAGAUUUCUCAACUGUAGAUGGAGAGGGGACCGAGGAAUCGUGGCACGCCGCCAUUGUGCCUAGCCAGUACCCCAAAUCCGCCACCAUCGCCAUACUCCGCGCCCACCUGCGCCUCCGCCACCCCUUCGCCGGCGACUUCAAGACAAUUCUAAAGUCAGCAGACCGUAUAAUCCACACGCCACUGCGCCAACGGGUCUGGAAAGAAAACGAAAUCCAUUGGAGCACCCCCAGCGGCGGCGGCAACAUCGUCCUCCUUGGCGACGCCGCGCGGCUGAUGCUCCCCACCAGCGGUCAGGGAACGGGGUUCGCGAUCGAGGAUGCCACUGUUCUUGCGAGCAUGCUUUUGAAGCACUGUGGCCCCUCUAGUCAGAGAAACGAGAAAGCGUCAGCUGCAGGCAGCGAUUUCCGGGCGGCUGCCGAGGGGUACGCUAGGCUUCGGGUGCCCAGGUCGGGGAAGAUGGCUACCGUGGCGUCGUGGGUCGGGUCCGUUGGCCUAGGUUCGGCGUGGUAUUAUAGGGCUUUACGGCAUUAUGCCGCAAAGAUGUCGCCUGGGGCCGACUUGAAGUAG